UAGUGCCCCCAGGGGGCUCCCUACACCAGAGGGAGGACUGGGGGGUCACAGUCAGAAAAGCUCUGGCCUUACCUGCCCCUGAGCUGCACUUCUCCAACCAGGCACUCUGGAGCCAUGGCACCCUGACAAGCUGAGCCCCAGGUGUGCACAGGACCAGGCCCAGGGCUGGCAGAAGUGCAGUUAGGAAUAGGAUCAAUGGCUGCUUCCUGCAGCCAACUCAGACCCAGGACAUGCCACUGCAGACACCCUCUUUCUACUUCAACAUUAUGUUCUGGGCCAGAGAGCUUAUGAUGCAUCAACAGACACCAAAAUACAACAGGAGUUUUAUAGCUGAACACCUCGGAACAAAACAACCAUGAAUGAGAGUUCUCUGGGCUCCAAACACCAAGCAGGAAGGGAGCCUGCAGCAUGGGAGCCUGCAGUUGGGACAACACAAGCCAAGAGGGGUAUAAAAGCUGGCACUCCAGGCACCUCACUCACACACACUCACACUCACACACACAGUCACACCACCUCCUCCAGCCCACCGCCCAGCAUGGCCGCCUCCACCCUGUCCGUGUGCUCCAGUGACCUGAGCUAUGGCAGCUGGGUCUGCCUGCCCGGGUCCUGGGGCUCCUGCACCGGCCCCUCCUGGCAGGGGGAUGACUGCCCCGAGAGCUGCUGCGAGCCCCCCUGCUGCAUCCCCAGCUGCUGCCAGUCCAGCUGCUGUACCCCGGCCCCCUGCCUGACCCUCGUCUGCACCCCCAUGAGCGGCGGGUGCAGCCCCUGCCAGUCAGCCUGCACCAGCUCGUGCACACCCUCCUGCUGCCAACUGUCUAGCUGCCAGCCCUCCUGCUGCACCUCAUCCCCGUGCCAGCAGGCCUGCUGUGUGCCUGUGUGCUGCAAGCCCGUCUGCUGCAAGCCCGUGUGCUGUGUGCCCAUCUGCUCUGGGGCUGCCCCCUGCCCAGCUCCCCUGUGCUACCAGCCCACCCCCUGCCCCCCGUCCUGCUGCAGACCCUCCUCCUGCGUGUCCCUCAUCUGCCACCCCGUGUGCAGGCCCACAUGCUAUGCCCCCGCCUCCCCCUGCCAGCCCAGCUGCUGCUGCCCAGCCUCCUGCGUGUCCCUGCUCUGCCGCCCCACGUGCGCCCGCCCCACCUGCUGUGGCCCCGCCCCGGCCCAGAAGUCCUGCUGCUGAGUAAUCUUCUUACAGGCCCCACCAAAGCUUAGGAGCUCACUGCCAUCUGCACCCCCUGGGCUCCUCACUAAGAGCCAAGACAUCUCAAGCGCCCCACUCUCGGGCCCCUGCAGUGGACGUUUGGGGUCUCCUGUUCACCCACUGCGCAUUCUCCUCCUCGAAUGGCUCAUCUAUUUCCUCAAGCAGUGACUCCCCAGAUCAGUGCGCCCUGCUCCCCAGCCUGGGUCGGCAGUGACGUAGUCAUGCCAGCUGGACUUUGCAGGCCUUUGGGGCUUACGCGGAGGGGAGGAGAUGAUGUACUCGCGGCUGCUCCUGGCUGUUGCCCCGGACCCUGGUGUGGCCCCUGGGGGCUGUCAGUCCCUUCCAAUAAAUUCCUUUCCUGAGGAAAGUACCUAAAUGCAGUUCUAUUGUUUACAACAAAGACUCGGGCCUGAUAUUCUCCAACAUGAGGCUGGCCCAGGGUAAUUCCC